CACGAGUGUGACUGGGCAGUGAAGCGAUGGCGCUGACACCAGUAGUUGUCCUUGGCCUGGCGUGUCUGGCGACAUCAGCGUCAGAUCCCGGCCUGGACAGGCCCAAGCAUGACAUCGACAAGGUUCAUGUCAUAUUCAUGAACCAUUUAGAUGUGGGCUACAAUGGUAUUGACCCUACAGUCGGGUACGCCAGUAACGUCAUCAACAGAUACUUCGACGUGUACUAUCCUCGGGCUAUACAGGUGGCCGAGGACCUGAGGAGGGGUGGGCACACGGAAACCUUCAUCUACACGACCCACCCCUGGUUGGUGUAUCUGUACACCAACUGCCACCUCCUCACACCCGUCCUCAACGGAAUCCCCAUCCACUGCCCGUCCAGCCAGCAGUUAUCAGCGUUCGAGACCGCAGUGAAACAGGGGGACAUCGCCUGGCAUGCCGGAGCUAUGAACAUGCAGCCAGAAUACUUCUCACAGCUUCUGUUCCAGCUCAGUCUCAACGUCAGCAAGGAUCUGGACCAACAGUUUGGCAUCAAGAGAACUUACGCUACCAUGAGCCAGAGAGAUGUUCCAGGAAUGACCAAGGCUGUGAUUCCUGUGUUGGCUGAGAACGGGAUUGUUGCUGUCAGCGUCGGCGUCAACGACGGCUCUGCGCCGCCAGAUGUCCCGAACCCUUUCAUCUGGAAGUUCAAGGACAGCGAGGUCAUCGCCAUGUGGCACAAAGGUGGUUACCCAGGCAACCCCGGGCCUAACGCUACUGAUCCUGGGGGUCUUAGUCGAGAUGAUUGUGUUAUAGUGAAGGGUUUCCGUGAAGCCCUGUGCUUUGCCUUCAGGACGGACAAUAGCGGCCCGCCAUUAAACUAUACGGAAGUUUUAAAUAAUUAUGCUGUAGUCCACGGGGUAUUUCCUGGUGCCAAUGUCACGGCCUCGACCUUUGACCUGUACGUUGAGGCUCUGUCAACAGUGAAGCAUAUAUUACCGAAGAAAACGUUUGAGAUCGGAGACACAUGGAUUCAGGGAGUGGCGUCCGAUCCCGCCAAAAAUGCCAGAUUCAGGGCCUUCUCAGAUGCUUUACGGAAAUGUUACCAUAAAGGUGACUGUUCGGGAGAAGAUCCCCGUCUGAAGACGUCCACCAAGUGGCUCGUAAAAGCCGGAGAACACACGUGGGGUUUGAAGAGACUGAAGGACAACACCAACUGGACGAAUGAAGCUAUCACUAGGGCAAGGAAUACAACUGACUUCACCAUCCAUGUGGCUUCCUGGAUUGAGCAGCGCCAGUUCUUGGACUUGGCGUUAAGUGCCCUGUCUGACCACCCCGUGGUCAAGGACAUACAGAAGAAAUAUGAACAGCUAACACCCGUGAAACCCGACUUGACAGAUUACCAGCUGGUAGAAGAUCCAACGAUGCUGUUGUCUUGUGGAGAUGGCGUGAAGAUCCAGUUUGGUCACGAUGGAUCCAUCGUCAACCUUUAUGAUCCAUUAAAUAAGGUGAACUGGGCCGGCACUGAAAACCCCAUGGGGCAGUUUAUGUACCGCACCUACAACGACAGCGACGAUGUCGACGUAGCUCGCUACUACUGCUACAAGAGCAAUUCCAGCACUCCGUUUACCAAAACAAACGCCACAAUAAAUGCGCACCCGGAGUCUAGACUGUGGCCGUAUUCAUUGUCGUCGCUUUACAGAAACAAAAAUGUCGUCAACAACUGUGACGUCCUCGCCCUGUUGACCCCCGACAACGCCACCCCCGUGUCCUACUAUGGAGCGCCACCGGAAGUGUGGAUACAGUAUGUCUCCCGCACCCCGGCCGAGACUACGGGGAAGAAAAACUUUACAGGACUCGAAGUGACACUCCAGUUAUUCAAUAAAACAACGACUCGGCUGAGCGAGGCCAUAGCUUACAACUUCGCGCCACGACCAAUAGGUAACCAGACGUGGAUGAUCUCCAAAAUUGGAAGGCUGGUGGAUCCUCUGAAUGUGGUCUUUAAUGGAAGUCAGUAUCUUCAUGCGACUGACGUUGGUGUCCACUUCCUGAACGACAGCGGGGACGGACUCCGUCUCCAGAGCCUUGACAUCCCCCUCGUGAUGUUUAGCACAGCGUCCCACCCUCCUUCAGUCCUCCCUGUGCCCCUGAAGCCCAUCAGUGAACGCAUCACUGGGGCGGCCUUCAACGUCUACAACAACGCCUGGAAUACCAACUACAUCUUUUGGUACCCGUAUGUGGACGGGGACGAGAACUUUAAAUCCAGGUUUCAAAUUGCAUUUGUAAGACGUCACAAAGAUGAAAAUUAAAGAAGCUUGUUUGCAA